AUAUGCGGAAUAUGUUUGCUGAAAGUAGACGAUAUUUGGAAGUUUCGGCGCAAGUGUUGGAACGUACAACACACUCUAGAACAAAUACUGUGCAAGCAGAUAAAAGAACAAAAACUAUCUGAAUCAAAAGCUGAGGUUCACUUAAAACCAAAUAAUUCUAGAAUCGUUAAAGCUGAUGGUGAUGAAGACACAUUCAUAAUAGAAAUAUGCCCAACAGACAACAGUGAAAGUUUCACCGAGACAGAGGCCAUACCAGUUGAUAAAGUUAGUUUGCGUGAGAUGGAAAUCCUUUCCAAUCAAACACUGACAAACAGUACAUCUCGUCCACGAGAUGAAAAAGCAAUUUAUCGCAAUCUUCUUAUCAAUUGCGAUCGGUGUGGAAAAAAGAUCGAAAAGAAUCGUUUUGAUGGUCAUCUAAAUCGCCACCUAGGUGUAAAGCCAUACCGGUGUCCGGAGAAAGAUUGUGAAGUGAACUUCCCGUGCAAAAUUGCUCUCCGUUUGCAUCGUAACGAUCAGCACAGUCAAGAAUACCAUCCGUGCUCUUUGUGCGAUAAAGAGUUUCAAUCCAAAAGAAAACUUUAUCAGCAUAAUGCGAACCAACAUUCAGGAAAAGACUACAGCUGUGAUUUAUGCCAAAUCAGUUUUAAAACGAGCAUAACAAUGAAGCGCCAUAUGGGGCUCCACAAUGCAGCUCACCAACGACAACCAUGCCCAAUAUGUUCUAAAAUGUUCCAUCGAAAAUCGAACCUGAAAGUCCAUCUAAGGUCACAUACGAAAGAAAAACCGUUUCGUUGUACCUACUGUCCCAAAUCAUUCGGUUAUCAAAAAGUGCUGAAAGAGCAUAUCCUACGUAUUCACAGUUUUUCCGAUGAUGAUGUUUGAAGUACUGUAACCUGUACCUGUGAUGGUAUAAAUUAAAAAGCUUCUUUGCUACUUAUUA